CAGUCCCUCUUCCAUCCAGACAGGUUACAUGGUGGCUCUCGCCCUGUUUCCGCUUACAGGUGAUCCCGAGCUGCAGAGAGGUGCUGCGGAAUCAGAUGAAACUCCGCAGGUUUCCCUCACAGCUCUGGAAUUAAAUUCCAAUCACGUUCAGCGAAAAGAGUAGACAUUAGAUCACUGCGGGUCCCUAAGAAGAGCCUGGUCCUCUCAUACGCCUCCCACUUAGCUUCCUGUCUUCUUGUGUUUCACCGCGCAAAUCUGUUCAAACGUGAGGACAGCAUGACAGGAGGAUUGAAGGACGGCGAAACAGAAGAGAAGUUUCUGCAUUCGCCGUUCAUCCGAAAACAAGGGAACAUAUACAAACCCAACAACAAAGACAUGGACAACGAAAGUCUGAACGAGAAGACAAUGGAGGAUAUCCAUACCAAAGAGAUCGACCUGGUCAACCGGGACCCCAAGCACAUAAACGACGACGUUGUCAAGGUGGACUUUGAGGAUGUGAUCGCCGAGCCUGCAGGGACCUACAGCUUCGAUGGUGUGUGGAAAGCCAGCUUCACCACUUUCACUGUCACCAAGUACUGGUGCUACCGGCUGCUGACGGCGCUGGUCGGCAUCCCGCUGGCUCUGAUCUGGGGAAUCUUCUUUGCCAUCCUGUCUUUCCUGCACAUCUGGGCUGUGGUGCCGUGCGUCAAGAGCUACUUGAUCGAGAUCCACUGCAUCAGUCGCGUCUUCUCCAUCUGCGUGCACACCUUCUGUGACCCGCUGUACGAGGCCAUGGGCAAGUGCCUCAGCAGCAUCCGAAUCCGCAUGACCAAGGAGGUGUAGCGUCCAAAAAGAAGAGGAGGAGGAUUAUUGGAAAGAGGGGAGGGAGGAUGGGAGGGCUGGAGCAACACAGAUGGAGGGAGAAGUCAGAACAGGAAAAGAAGCUGAAAUAAACCUCUGGAAAACGAGAGGUGAGACGUUUCCAAAACUGGGGGCGGGGGAUGGUUGGGUGAAGGGGUGUGGCCACAUGGCACCUGACCCCGCCUUUUCCACCAGCUGUUUCUUCUCUCCAGUGUUGGCGUAACCAAACGGGUGGGCACAGGAAAUCAAGGGGUUGUUCUUCGGGGUUUUUGUUUGUGUUCUCUAGUUUUUUUUUAUUCCUCACUGUUAACUUUGUCAAGCAGGCAACCAAACUCAUAUGUGUUUACUGAUAGUUUUACCACAUGAAAAGAAUUCCUGCUCUUCUCACUGUUUCUGUGAAGAGCAUAUCACUUUGAUUCAUGUGAAGAGGGGAUGAUAAUUAUCACUGUCUUCUCUAGGGCUAGUUAGUUUUGGAGCCUCUGGGCGGGGUAGGCUGCUGGGA